CUGCGCCCAGGACCAGGAGGAAACUGCAUCGGCUGGGUGCGCGCACCGACGAAGGUUCCCAGGGGGAAAGCCAAGCGAAGGUCGCUCUCCCCAUUGCCAUGGAGCGGAAGGUGGCCAGGGAAUUCAGGCACAAGGUUGACCUGCUGAUUGAUAGUGAAGCAGAGAAAGAUUAUCUCUAUGAUGUGUUGCGGAUGUACCAUGAAUCCAUGAAUCUUCCAGUGCUGGUGGGAGAUCUGAAGUAUGUAAUCAAUGAACCAAGCCGGCUGCCCUUAUUUGAGGCCAUACGCCCUCUCAUCCCAUUAAAACAUCAAGUGGAGUAUGAUCAGUUAACACCUAAACGAUCUAGAAAACUGAAGGAGGUGAGGUUAGAUCGUUUGCAUCCUGAAGGACUAGGGAUAAGUGUGAGAGGAGGUGUCGAAUUUGCCUGUGGCCUUUUUAUUUCUCAGCUAAUGAAAGGUGGACAAGCAGACAAUGUUGGACUUCAGGUUGGAGAUGAGAUUGUUCGAAUAAAUGGAUACUCCAUUUCUUCAUGUACUCAUGAAGAAGUGAUUAAUCUUAUUCGCACAAAGAAAAUUGUGUCUAUAAAAGUGAGACACGUUGGCAUGAUACCUGUGAAAAGUUCUACUGAUGAGCCUCUCAAGUGGCAGUUUGUAGACCAAUUUGUAUCAGAUCCUGGGGAAGGUAAAAGCAGUGUUGCAGGUCUUGCAUCAUCUGGAGGAAAAAACCACAAAGAAAAGAAAGUUUUCAUUAGCUUGAUUGGUACAAAGGGCAUGGGAUGCAGCAUUUCCAGUGGUCCCACACAAAAACCAGGCAUUUUCAUAAGUAAUGUUAAACCACAUUCUCUGUCUGCAGAAGUAGGAUUAGAGGUUGGUGAUCAGAUUGUUGAAGUAAAUGGAAUGGACUUUUCUAAUGUGGAUCACAAAGAGGCUGUGAAGGUGUUGAAAAGCAGUCAAACCCUAACUAUCACGGUUGUAACUGGAGCCGGGAAGGAGCUGUUUAUGACUGAAGAGGAGAAGCAGAGGGAAGAGACUAGCCGUGAGUUGGAGCGGCAAGAACUGAUGCGCCAGAAGAGGCUUGCACUGGAGACCAAUAAGAUCCUGAAAGAACAGCAAGAAAAGGAGAAAUUGCGAAAAAUGGAGAUUGCACAAAAAGCUGCAGAGGAGGAGGAAAGAUACCGUAAAGAAAUCGAACAGAUAAAGGCAGAAGAGGAGAAAUUUAAAAAGCAAUGGGAAGAAGACUGGGGUCAUAAAGAGCAAUCAAAGUCUCCCAAAACUGUAGUUGCAGAAGUACAUAGGCCUCCUCAUCAUAAACAUCGAAUAGAUGUAGAUGAAACUGCACUUGACCAUUCUGCAGCAGGUGAUAUGGCUGGAAUGAAGUCGAAAGAGAGUCAACAGGGCUUCCAGAAGUACGUGGAAAACUUUGAUCCCUACACAAUGUUUUCACCUGAUCAGAUUAUGGGGAAAGAUGUGCGACUUCUGCGCAUAAAGAAGGAAGGAUCAUUAGAUCUUGCAGUAGAAGGGGGCAUCAAUUCACCAAUUGGAAAAAUAGUGGUUUCUGCUAUUUAUGAAGGUGGUGCUGCAGACAAGCAUGGAGGCAUUGUGAAAGGGGAUGAAAUCAUGGCUGUGAAUGGCAAGAUAUUGUUGGAUGUUAAACUGGAUGAAGCUCAGGCGACUCUUGCAAAAGCCUGGAACAUGGGUGGGGAUUGGAUUGAUUUAGUCAUUGCUGUGUCUCCUCCCAAGGAAUAUGAUGAUGAAAUAUGAAGGAACAAUUAUGCUGGAAUUGAUGCAACAGGACAGCAGCAACACUGAAAGACCCACCUCCCGCUCCCAGCAUCUGCAUAAAAGGCAGGAUGCAGCAGCAGUGGAAAAAGUUGGAGGGGAGGGGGAGAGGAAGGGAGAAUGGGGCUGGAUUCUAGACACAUCAAGAAGUGUUUCAGUUAAAUGCAUUGCAAACUUUGUAUGAGAAAUUGGGUUAGCAAAAAUGGAGCUCCACAGCACCAUCUGGUGUCACAGUGUUAGAAUGCAUAAACAACACAUAUAAAGCGUAUUUUCUUUGCCAAGGUAGCCGAGUCCCGGGUGGAUAUUGAUUGAUUUUCACCAGGGGUGGCAGAAGAGAUGUGCAAGGGUGGGGGAUGGGGGUCAUUAUUCCACCAAGUAUCUUAGGUAGCAAGUGCUUCACUUCAGAAAAUAAGCUAUUUUAUAGGUCGAGUAAUGAGAAGGAGACCUAAGCCUAAGUGGUGAAGAUCCCAUUAGGCAGUUUCUGACAGGAAAACACAAGCUGGGGCUCUGAGGAUCCUUGGGACUUUAUAGAACACAAUUGUGACCAAAUAUUUAGCAGGACCUAGCAGUGAGUUGCUGUACGCAGAGAGCUUGAUGGCUUAUCAGGGCUACUAAGGGAAUGGCAAGAAGUUAAGGCUUUAAAUGGCCUAAAAUCCAUGAAAUCAUCCUAAUUUUUUUCAUCAUUCAACAAAUCAUCUACCAUGUAUUAUUAAACAUUCUUAAUGAAACCUGGAUAUUUUAUAAUACUUAACUGCUCUAAUGGCAGCCUGAAAUUAUCAGCCUAAUUCCAAUGCGUAUGGAAAUUUGUUUCUGCCUCCAAUACAUAUCUCUAGCUUAAUGAGAAACCAUCUCCACAAAUGGGGGAAUCAAUAAAACAACAGAAGUAGAGGAAUAACAGCAGCAGCAGCAGCAGCAGAGACUAUUCAAACAGCCGGAAGUUAAGCAAUAAAAAGGCUUUCUAAAUAAUAAAAAAGUGUUAACCACCUGCCCAAACCUAGAAGGAAAGGAAUUUGUUGGAUUUCAGUACAAAGGGCAUUCCACAACUGUGGUACCACCACUGACCAAGUCCUGUCCAUAGUAUUCACAAACCAAAAAAUACAGCCUACAAAACAAGCUGUAAAGCUUGGGUAGUUUCAAAAUAGCUGAUGUUAGUAGUUAUUAGUAGAGACAUAGAGGAGUGCAAGCAAGCAGAGAAGUAACUUCCAUACUUAUUGUGUGUUUUCAUAUCCUAUAUAUUUAGCCCUAUUCCUUCGUCAUCUGUCAUCCCCAACAUAAACAGAAAGGUUUUUGAAGGCAGUGCUGCAGUGUACAGACAAGGGUUUCUUCUGCAGCUCUAACCACUGCAGUGUUCCCUCAUGGUGAAUAGCAAAGCUGGGUGCACAUAUUAUGUUUUUGUGUAAAUGUGUACAUUGCAAUGCAUGAGCCUGCCUAUACUUUGCAUGCCGCUGAAAAGCUUUGCAGAAUGUUCUUUGGAAUUGGUAUUUCUCAUUUUCUUCAAUUAGUGCUAAAACUGUGGACCCUGUAGCAAGAAUAUUCAUGUAUCAUGUAGUAUUAUUUGGUAGUAUAUAAUGCCCUUUUCUCUAACUGCUUCCAAUGUGAUGUGUUUGACAAAAAAUUGGUAGAGACUAAAAAAAAAAUCAUUUUUCUUCAGUUCUUUUUCACUCUGUAUUAGCUAAGUAACUAAUAGCUCACUCAAAAAAAAAUGCAUUCAGAACUUGACAAGAUUGGAUCCAACCAACUCUGUCAGACAAAAACAUCAACUUCCACUGCUUGUACAAUUAGCAAAAUCUUAAAAAAUAACACUUCUGUUUUCAGAAUUUACAGGGAUGUGUGCAGUACACAACGACUUGUUCUUUAAAGCCUAUUAACAUCAAAUCGAAUAUUUAAACUUAUAAUCAGGCUUGCCA